AUGGCUGCUCAAGCAUAUUGGAGGCACCUCUGGGCCGUGGCACUAGACAAGAAUUUCCUCUUUGUGUUCCUGUUCGUGUUUAGGUACCUGAGGUUUGUUGUCCACCUGGUAAGUUUCUUCUUCCUCUAUCGCCCGUCCCCGGCUCCACGAUCUCCCUCGCUAACAGCAAGAGACUGCACGGUGAUUAUCCCAACUUGCGAUCCGAAGGACCGAGCCUUUCUGCGAUGCGUCGAGUCCGUCGCGAGGGCGUCGCCUUCAGUCAUCCACAUUGUGGCCGUGGGCAAGGAGCAGGAAAACCAGGUACGUUCCACCAUCUUGCCGCACGUCGCUGACUUCCCCAGCGUUUGCUUCAAGGUCUCGUCUACCAUCCAGGCAAACAAGCGCCAGCAGAUCGCUGCCGCCUUACCCGCCGUCCGCACCUCCAUCACGGUCCUCUGCGACGACCAUGUGACAUGGCCUUCGGCACACAUGCUGCGGGCUGCCGUGGCCCCGUUUGAAGAAAAUGAACGGGUCGGUGGCGUGGGCACCAACAAACGCGUGAUCCGCCACGCAGACAAGGGCCUGUGGGCCGGGUUCUGGAACGUCAUGGGCGCCCUGUACCUGGAGCGGCACAACUUUGAGCACACGGCCUCCAACGCGGUGGACGGCGGCGUCGCCGUGAUCAGUGGCCGCACCUGUCUCUACCGCACACACAUCCUCCAAGAACCCGCGCUGCUGGCCGGGUUCCUGAACGAGCGCUUCCUGUGGGGUCUCUGCGGGCCCUUGAACGCCGACGACGACAACUACCUGACGCGGGCGCUGGUCAAGCGCGGCUGGACUAUCAAGUUCCAGAACACGCCCGAGGCCCUGAUCCUGUGCGACGUCGGGGAGUUCCCCCGGUUCCUGCACCAGUGCCUGCGCUGGGCCCGCACCACGUUCCGCAGCAACAUGUGCUCGCUGGUGACGGACCGCGCGGUGGUGUACCGGGCGCAGCCUUGGGGUGUGUACGCGUUGCAGCUCAGCCUGAUGCUCAACUUUGCGCUGUUCUACGACGCCGCGCUGGUGUGGGCACUGGUGAGGAGCCAGGGGUGGGGGGCGGCGACGACGACCCUGAAGCUGAAGCUGCUGGUCGCCUGGAUCUUGCUCUCCAAGCUGCCCAAGUUGGCACCGUAUUUCCUCCGCCAUCCCGCAGAUCUCAUCUAUCUCCCUGGUUAUUUCGUGUUUGCUUACGCCCACUCCCUCAUCAAACUCUGGGCGCUGCUGACAUUUUGGGACACUCGGUGGGCGGGACGCAAUCUGGACGACAUUGACCGCGCCGCUGCUGCUCAGGCUGAGGCUGGGACGGGGACGGGGACAGACACCGACGACGGUCGACAUGAAGGUGAAGGUGAAGGUGAAAGAGCUGAUGACGAGGACCUGGAUUUCUUCCCUCCCGCCGGCAACAGUGAAGAGGAAGACGACCUUGACCUUGACGUUGGCCUUGCGCCCAGCUCCACCAGACCUCCCAGCAGCCGCCUCCACCACCGCCGUCGCCGGUGCAGUCCCGUGAAGACGCCCUGGGGCACGGUCGGAUCGCAGAACCUGCACCAACUCCCUGCCAACAUUCUGCAGACGCAUCAGCUCAGAAGAAGCCCGGGCACCACCUCCACCACCAAGCGAACGAAGAGGGUCGGUGACAGUAACGGUGACUCUCUAUAG